UCAACCCAGAAAAACGGCUUCGAGAUGAGCUUUCUUGCUCCCUCUGCCACAAAUAUUUUAUUGAGCCGAUGUCCAUACAUUGUGGGCACAGUUUUUGCAAGGUUUGUAUCUCUCAGUUCUGGGGGGAGCAACUGACAGUGUUUUUGUGCCCUCGAUGUGGAGAAAAAUCGCCUGCCAGAGAGUUAAGACCCAACAAGGACCUAGAGGUCAUCCUAGCGAUACAGAAGAAACUCGAAACGGUUGAAAGUGUCAGUGGGGAGAAAAUGUGCGAGAGACACCAAAAGGCGUUGACGCUCUUCUGCAAAGAUGAUGGAAAGCUGGUGUGUCCUGGCUGCACCGGAUCCGCGGACCACACAGCUCAUAUUUUGCUAUCAGCGGAAGAUGCUGCUGAAGAGUACAAACAACAACUGCAGAUCCACUUGCAAGUGCUGACGGAAGAGAGAAAAAAGGCCCUAGAUUUCCAAACAAAGGAAGAGAACAAAAACAAGGACUUUCUGGAAAUGAUAGAAGGUGAUUGUGCAAAAGAUUGUGUCUAAAUUUGAGGUGCAAAAGAUUGUGUCUAAAUUUGAGGAAGUGCAAAUAUUUCUGAAAGAACAAAAGAGAGCCAUGCUGAACAAGUUGGAUGAGCUUGUGAAGAAGCAAGAAGAAUAUGCCCUCAGGCUCUCUAGAGAGAUUUUUGUUUUUGACACAAUCAUCCAUGACAUGGAAGAGAAAUAUAAGCAGCCAGCAAGUAUAUUCCUCCAGGAUGUUGGUGAAACUUUGAGCAGAUGCAAGAUGUGGGAAUUUCAAGAGCCGCCAGAGGUUUCUUCUGAGCUGGAAGAGAAACUUUGUGCCAUCUCCAAAAACUAUCUUAUUCUGCAUGAGCAUGUGCAAGUAUUCAGAGAAACUUUCCCAGAAGAAGCAGCAGUGAAGUGGGUAAAAAUCACCUUCGAUCCAGAUACGGCUCACCCCAAACUCCAAGUAUAUGCUGAUCAGAAAAUUCUGAGAGAGGCAACUAGUUCUAAGGAAAGCUAUCCUCAGCGUUUUACUGCUGCUACCUGUGUGCUGGGCUGUGAAGGAUUCACUUCAGGGAGACAUUACUGGGAGGUGAAAGUACGAGAGGAGGCACAUUGGGCUGUGGGUGUAGCUAGAGAAUCUGUGGACAGGAAGGAAAAACUCGAACUAAAUCCAAAAGAAGGUAUAUGGGUUAUAAAGAAUGAAUACAAAGAAUUAAGAGCAGACAGUUGCUACUUAUACUCCAGUAUCCCUAAAAGGGUUGGUGUUUUUCUGGACUAUAGAUUACGCAGGGUGUUGUUCUUUGAUGCUGAUGACGGAAGGGCUCUGUACACUUUCCAUUCAGUCUCUUUGCAAGAUGAGAAAAUCCGUCCUUUCUUCUGGCUGCAGAAGCCAUGGGAUUGUAAAGCUGAGGCAUGUUACAUUGAGUUAUGUGCCUGAAAUCACGAGACCCAAAUGCAGUGCUGAUUUGUCAAUAUUAUAUGUAUUUUCAUUAUUUAAAAUUGUAUAUGAAAACAUUUUCAAUAAAGA